GGUGACUGCCCAGUGACCCCAUCGAGCCUUUGGGAACAACAGCAGGACAGGGCAUGGAGAGGAGUCAGCAGGAUUGGAAUGGGAGCUCUUGGUGAUCUGGGCACUUUCUCCUUCAUGUUACUGACCUGGGAGGAUCCACUUUAGGACAUGGAUCCCAAAGCAGCAAGAGGUACCAGGAAGCACCGCUGAUCUGCACAGACCCCCUGUGCCUGCUGCUGCCCCACAGUGAACAGGACAUGGAUCCCAAAGGAGCAAGAGGUACCAGGAAGCACCGCUGAUCUGCACAGACCCCCUGUGCCUGCUGCUGCCCCACAGUGAACAGCCAGGGACCACAUCCCACUGCCUGCCCAGUGUGCAACCAUGGAGGUGACCACCGUGUCCCCAUCUCCUGCCUCACCCACUGAAGGGGACGAUCUCUGUGAGACAGAUGUCACCAACGUGGCCAUACACAGUGUGACACUGCUCAUCUGCCUCUGUGGGCUGUUUGGGAACGGGGCUGUCAUCUGCCUCUACAGCCUGAAAGCGCGUAACGCUAUCAUCUUUGGCCUGGCUUUCAUCGAGUUCCUCUUCCUUCUCUUCACGGUGCCCUCCACCGUUCUUUUCCUGGUGGAGGACGUGUCCUGCACACCUAUCAUGCCCCUGACAUAUAUGAACUUCCUUUUCCAGCUGUCAGCGCUCUCCUACUUCUGGGGGCUGUACAGGAUGACACGCAGCAGCAUUGUGGUCAAUAUGUACAAAUUCUGCAAACUCUACUGCGGCUUUAAACUUCCUCUGCGUCUGUGGUGGGCAGUGGACAGUGUCCAAUUCUGGGCCUUCUUUGCUCUCUUCACUCUCAUUCCCACGCUGACUUCCCUGUGCCCAUCACACCAGCAGGAGCACUGCUGGGCAGCUCUCAUCUCCGUGUGCGCCGUCAUCCUGCUCCUCUUUGUUGCUCCCGUGGUCAUUUCCAUCACAAUCAACAUCAUCAAUGCCAAGUGUGGCUCCCAGCAGCAGCAACACAAGACACGAGACAAUGUUAUCUUCAUCAUUGUGCUCUUCACUCUCCUCCUCGUGCUCUGCAAUUUCCUGCAGCAGCUCGGUUACAUCCCUGUGCCCACCCAGGUUGUUUUCCUGCUCAACUGCAUCAACAGCAGCAUCAAACCCUUCAUCUACUUCGUGGCAGGGAGGUGCUGGAGUCCCUGCUCCAUGGAGUCCCUCCGGCUCUCCCUCCACAGGGUCUUUGAGGAGGAGGAAGAAAACCCUGCUGACAGCGAUGAUGCCAACACAGACACACUGAUCUGAGCCUGUUGAUCCCUUCCACUGCUCUGCUGAAGGACCUUGGCACAGCUUUCCUUGAGUCACCUGAUGAAUAAAUAUCCACAGCAUCACCCUCCCUGUGCUGGUGCACUCCUGCAGGAGAAGGGAGCAGGGGCAUUGCCAGGGGCA